UGCACAAGAAACAUCUCUAUUCUACCAACAGCAGUCAUAAUCUAAAAUGUUUCAAUCAAUUUGCCUUUCAUUCUGCAAAACUUCAAUGGAUACGACCAUCCGCCGCCCAUACAGUCUGGAUAUUCCAGGGAAGUGUCUGACAUCAUUAUUUCAAAAGGGUUUGACAUCCAACGCAUGAUGGAUCUGUGCAGGGUGUAACAAUGCAAAAUCCUAAAUUGAUACAAACACAUCAAUAACUGAGUUACACUGGACUUACCGUACAGAUCUGAGCUCGUUUAGGCUGCAAAAGACGGCAUAUUAGCCUCUCGCCUCCACUUACCAGCACCACCAUGGUCAAGAACUGCCGCAUGAUUUUCAUGCUGGUGAUAACAAGCGGCUUCUUCGUGGUGGAGCUUUUGGUAGGAUACAUAGGCGAUUCCAUCGCUCUGGUCUCGGACUCCUUCAACAUGUUGUCUGACAUGAUCUCCCUGGGCGUCGGGUUGACCGCGGCCAACGUAUCGAAAAUCAGGAGGCGCCACAGCAACACGUACGGCUUUGUGCGGGCAGAGGUGGUGGGAGCUCUGGCCAACGCCGUCUUCCUCUCAGCAUUGACUUUCACCGUCUUCAUCGAGGCGAUCAUCCGCCUCGUCCAUCCGCACAAGAUAGAGGAUGUCGGCCUGGUGCUGGUCGUCGGGGCUCUCGGGCUGGCCGUGAACGUCGUCGGGCUGAUUCUCUUCCAAAACAGUUGCUUCCGAGGAAGGAGAAGCACUCAAACAGAUAGAUUGGCAAAUGGCACGCGAGAACAGAACAAAGGGUCAACAAAUGCUGCGGCUUUAAAUGUCCGAGGUAUCUUUCUGCAGGUAAUGGGUGAUGCAUUGGGAUCUGUUGUGGUGGUAGUCACUGCCACAAUAUUCUAUGUGCUUCCUCUUGAUAAAGAUGAACCCUGUAAUUGGAAAUGCUACGUUGAUCCCAGCUUGACAAUCAUUAUGGUCAUAAUCAUUAUAUCAUAUGUCUUACCACUUGUAAAAGAAACAGCUGUAAUUUUGCUCCAGAUGGUGCCCAGAGGGAUCGAGCUACGUGAUAUAGAUGAGAAGUUGCGUAAAGUUGAUGGAAUAUACGGGAUUCACGAACUCCAUAUCUGGGAACUUGCUGGAGGGAAGAAUAUCGCUUCACUUCAUGUGAAAUGCCUGGAUCGUUCUACAUACAAAACAGCAGGGUUACAAAUCCGUGAAAUCUUCCACAAUGCAGGAGUUCACUCUGUAACCAUUCAGGUAGAAUUUUCUGAAGGAGUAAACGAUUCUGACUUGAUAUGCAACUUCCCCUGUAUGUUAACAGAAUGUGAGAAUCAUCUGUGCUGCAUUCCACAAAAACAUUAUGAUGUUGAUGUACAGGGUUACAUAGAGAUGAGUAACAACCCUCCAGAAGCCUCCUGUAAUGGCCGCAGGAGAAAUAGGGUAGAGGAAAAUCGCAUUGAAGAAACUUCCAGUAUUUCAUCUCGCAAUUUGGGAAUACCGGGAGAAGUAAGUGAAGAAAAGGAAGACACAAAUGGACUACUACAUUUGCAGAGUUCUUCACUGUAGCGAGUAUAUUUCAUUUGACAAUACAGUCAAAUUUCAAAUUAAAGUUGAAUCUAGGGUAGGUAUUUAAAAAAAAUUAAUGUGCCAAAGAAGAGCACAGACUAGUAAGGUUUGAAGUUUGUUGAGCUAAGGUUCAACUUCCUCAUUAUAGCCAGAUGGAAAUAAGCUUGAAGAUAAAACUGAGUUAAUGGAAAGUGAAGUUAUUUACCUACCUUUAAUGUUAGGACUAAGUGACUGUGAAAUUUGUGAAGGAUGAUAAGCUAUGUUAUUACCAAUCUUUACAUACUAAAUCUGAAUGAAAUCUUUAGCUAUACCUGAUUUUAGUUGAAAUGAAAUGUUCAGCCAAGGCAGUUGCAUCAGAUUUACUGCAAUGGAUUACUGGUUUGAAAACUGAGAAAAAAUGCUCAGAAAUUUUCCAGGUUGUGUAAUCAACAGUUAUUGGAGUGAUCAAACUAACUGCUGCUCAACAUAAUUGUUGAGCAGAUAUUUUUUUUCUACUUGCUACUAAUUCAAAUGCCUUUGUCUGAAUUGUUCUCAAUCUUAAAAAUUACGAUUAUGUGCUGUAAUCUUCAUUUGAAUAUAUAUUUCAGUUAUUAGAUUAUGGUUGUAACAGGGUGUAAACAUGAUGUAUAAUCAUAUCAUUACCUACUGAUUUCCUAGAAUAAAGGUAGAAUGUCAGCUAUAUUCUCUGUAUUCAUAACAGAUCAAAAUUCCACCUAUUCUGAUGGAGAAGUAAUUUUAGUGGUGCUGGAAUGUUGUCAAAGUGAGAGGAACAGGUCAAAUUAUGCAUUCACCUGUAAAUGAAGAGGUCAUCUUUGACGAGAAUAGGCCAUUGUGCUUAUCUGUCAGUACAUCCUUGUAGAGUCUAGAUUGCUCUGGGAUGUAACUUCCGUGGAAUUCAUCUAGAAUUAGUUUCUGCAAGAGACUUGCUUUCCUAAUUAACGCUGCUGAUCUUCUGUGUGAGGUAGAUAUUUUAGAAGUGUUUUGUAGAUCAGUCUUCCUGCCAGCUUUCAAACAUCCUUGACAUUUGGUUAUGGUUCAACUAUGUGGAUGGCAAUGCCAGUUUAUGGUGAGUUACAGGGGAUAGAUGUUUCCAGAAACAGAAAAUAACUCCAGUAUGUUAGUUUUUGGAGGCCUCUUCCUUGUACAUAUGGCUAAUUGCAGAUUUAUAUGAAUGCAAUUCUAGUAGAGAGUAUAUAAAUGAUAGAUGUGAAUAAAUUCAGUCUUUGUUUUAGGCAAGCUAUUGACAAGCACUGUUUGAUUGUUUUAAGAAAGACACUCUUGACAGGCUUGAAUCAGUUGGGGUUAUAAAUCUUGAUGCAUACAUUUAGAUUCUGUUUCCUUUUAAAGUAGAUGAGAUGGAGGGAAGUGCUUGAUUAGGUUAAGGUCAAUCAGACAUUUUCUUAUAUGCAUGGCAUUGCAAAACUCUAGAGUAUUAAUAAUUAGUUACCAAUUACAAUUGGUCAAAUUUUACUUUUUUUUCUUAAAUAGAUGAAAGGUUGGCUGAUCUGUCUCUUUAACUCAGCAUCUAGAAGUGGUUUCAGCUGAGGUUCCUGGAUAGGAUGAAAAUAUUCUGAUAUUAAGAAUUAAACCUCUUGUUUUGAAGAUAAUAAUGUGAUGCUCUUGCUGUCAUUCGGAAAGUGAAAUAUACUCACGUGGAAUCUAUAAUUGUUGAUUGGCACACUAAGCCCCACAGUGGUGUCAUUGAUGGCUCUCCAUCUGAGGCACAAGCAAGAAUGUUGGGUGACGCACAAUCAAGAAGCAAGCUGGAUUAGGAAGGAUAAAGAACACACACACGAUUGAAGAAAUGCAAAUACCUGAAGUUACAAUGGAUAUGCUGAAAGUGGUUAUUAAGAAGUACCCACACUGGAAAAACACUGUCAGUGAUAAUAUUCAUAAUCAUUGGUAUAACAAAUUUACAUGCCUUCAUCUGUACCUAUUAAUACAUAUCAACAAUUUUCUUGAAAAUCCUGAAAAAGUGCCCAAAUUUUUGACAGAAGGUAAAGAAAUAUCACAAAUAAUCCAUUAAAGUUUUGUCCUAUUAUUUGCUUACAAGUUAUACAUAAAAUUGUGACUUAGAUAACCACAAUAUUCUUACAGAAGAGCUAAAAGGAUGCAAUAAGGGUAUGAAAGGAUGUAAAGCACAAACAAUAAUGGAUUUUGUAAUUUUAAACCCAGCUCAGUGGGAAAGCAGGAAUCUUUCAUGUCGAUAUAUUGACUACCAAAAAGCAUUUAAUUCUGCCUCAUACUCACGGUUAAUAGAAAUUCUCAAUAUAUAUAAACUACACCUUGUACUUGUCAAAUUCCUUCAACCACUGAUGAAGCAUCGGCAUACUGUAAUUACCCCAUCUGCUAACAACCAAUAAAGAACCAUCAUUAUCAAAAUAAACGGAGGCAUUUUCCAGGGUGACUCUCUCAGCCCACUGUGGUUUUGUCUAGCUUUAAAUUGCGUUUCAAAUCAGAAACAAUCAAAUGAAUUAUACCUUGACACAUCUUCUAUACAUGGAUAAUUUUAAAGCAAUGAAUUAAAAACUAAACCAAUAAAUUCAAAUAGCAGAAUUAUUUUUGAAAGAUAUAAACAUGAACUUUGGACUAGAUGUGCAGAACUUUAAACAUAAAGAAAGGUGUACUAGAGCUAAUAGAAUACAGAACAGAGCAGCACGAUACAAUUCAACUGAUGGAUGAUUAGGAAACACUCGGAGAUAUCAGCAAGCAAAGAAAACAGAUCACAGGGUGAUAAAGGGAAAACUUCCGACAGAAUUUACUUCAAGGCUUAAGAAAAUCAGCCAAACAGGAUUCAAUUGUAAAAAUGUAACAAAGGUAAUAACACUUUUGAUAUACUUGUAGAGACCAGGCUCUGAGCUCUUAUGUAGAGAGUGGUUACAGAAUGGGUCACCUGUAAUAUUGUUUCCACAGUUCACCGAGACAUAAAAAUAAAGUGGAAU